AUGCGCAAAGUCCUCUUUCUUAUUACCGUGGUCGGUUUGCUCGCUUCCCUUGUAUCCGCUGCCCCGACCUGUUUCAACUCGAAUGCUCGCAAACAAGAGGUCUUCACUCAUGCUGGUCACCGUGAGCCACAUGACGAUAGUGGGAUCAUCUACCUCCCUCCUGCCAGGUCUCGCAGGAGUUCCAAUCUCGAUACUAUGAUGGAGGAGCUGAUUCGUAAAGAAAUGACCACCACUUUCAGAGACUCCAAUUACUUGGAAUCUCUGAUGGCCAAAGUUUGCGAUGUGGAUGCAUCCGGAGAUUUCAUCGCCGAUUGCGAGAUUAAGAUCCUUACCGAACCUAAGAUCCGCGUGAUUCCUACCAAGUCGAUCUCCAAAGAAAUUGUCUGCACUACCGUUACUUGCCAUAUUGGACUUGAAGAGUCCGUCUCGGUCUCGACCACAAACAGUCUCGAGGUCAGCAUGUCGAUCACGGCUGGCGCCAAACCCUUUGGUGUUGGCAUGGAAUUCACGGUCACGACCGGCUAUGGCUUCAGCAACACUGUAGAAGAAUCGGUCUCGCUUUCGUACGGCUUUGAUCUGGUUCGAGGCGACAGCGGGUAUAUUGGCAUGGUAAGCGCUGAAGUCUCGGCCUAUGUGCGAGUGGAGGGAUGUCGCUGCAACAACUUUCUUUGCGCGAUUCAGUGUUCUUCCUCUGGUCUGAAGAUAACUGAGGAUGGACACCAUGAGGCCGUGAUUCUGAAGGACGGCACACCUCGCAGCUAUGUUUCUUUUGUUUACACGAACUAA